AUGGCUAAAUUACACGACAAGAGUGAUGCCUGUUGUAAAUCCGAAUUGGAUCUUUUUACCAUUCCUAGUACACAAAUGAGUAUUCUCAAAGGACCUUGGGUUGAAUAUCAUCCUGUCAGUACCAUCACAGAUGCAGCUCCUAUUGAAUUCAACGUAGGCGGAACUGCGGAAGAAUACGUAGAUCUUUCUCAAACCAUGAUUCAAGUGACAACCAAGAUCGUCAACCCAGACAACUCACCUCUCGGUGCAGAUGCGCAGGAAAGGCUUUUACUCCCUGGAGUCGAUUUAAAACUCAAAUUCAACCGUAGCAAGGACUCGUUCUGUCUCCUAUCAUCCGACGUAAAUCCAAAGUACAAAGUGGUCAUUGAUAAGGCUGCCCUCUACGUCAGGAGAGUGAAAGUCAACCCAUCGGUGAUGAUCUCACACGCUAAAACAUUGGAAAAAUCAACCGCAAAGUAUCCCGUGAACAAAGUAGAUGUCCGUUCCUUCUCGAUCCCAGCCGGUAACAUGUCAGUGAGCAAGGACAAUUUAUUUCUUGGCCAACUCCCCAACCGAAUCAUCGUCGGUUUCGUAGACAACGAUGCCUACAAUGGAUCCUAUUCCAAAAAUCCUUAUAACUUCAAACAUCUUAAUCUCAACUUCAUUGGGGUUACUAUCGACGGAGAAACAAUACCUAUGAGACCUCUUCGUCCAAAUUACGUUGAAGGACCAGGACAGAAUUUUCUACAAGCUUACAAUUCACUCUUUAUGGGUUGUGGGCGUAUGUUUACGGAUAAAGGAUUGGACAUUGACAGAGAAGACUAUUCAAAGGGAUACACGUUGUAUGCUUUUGACCUGACUCCAGAUCUAUCGGAUGGAUGUCACCUUAACCUCGUUAAACAAGGCAACCUACGACUCGAGCUCCAGUUUGAUACACCUUUGACAAAAACUGCAAACUGUAUCGUCUUAUCCGAAGCACAAGGGCUCAUCCAGAUUGACAGAAGCAGAAACAUCAUCUACGAUCACCAAGGAUAA